GAGUCACACAUGCCAGAGAAGCCUCCAUAGCAACCUCUUCCUCUACAGUAAACAGAUCUGCCCCAGGUGAAUUCUUCCCAAACUGUCAGAUUUUCCUUUCUCCUGCACUCAUGGACGCCUCGCAAGACGGCGACUUCCCUCUCAAGGACCAAGUCAGACAGCUGAACAAUGAAAAUGUACAGCUGCUGGAUCGCAACGAGAGAUUGUAUGCCAAGCUGAACGAGCUGCAGGAGAAGAUGGGGAAAUUGGCUGGUUCCAAGACUGACCUCUCCUCCAGGCUGGUCUUCAGCGAGGAAGAAAAGCUGAAGAUUUCAAAGGAGCUGAUUGAACUUCAGAUAGAGACCAACAAAAUAAGGGAACAUUACGAGGCCGAAACCUUUGAACUGAAGAACACGGUCCUGGCACUGGAGAACCGGCUGAUGACUGUGGAGCUUCAGAAGGAGAAGUUGUCUGGUGAGUACGAGGCUGUGAAGGAUCGUCUACAUUCGGUGGAGAUCAACCGCAAGGAGCUGGCUGAUGAGUACAUAGUCCUGAAGAGCAACUACCUGGCCCUGAGCAAGGAGCAUGAAAGAGAGGUGGCCAAAAAUGAUGAGUUGAGUAUGGAGCUCCUGAACCUGGCGAAGAGGGAAAAUGAGGAAAACUACUCCCAGUCUCGGGCCCUCGUCAAUGAGGCAACCGCAGAGAUGGACAGGGUUCGGGCAAUGGUGGACCGCCUGUCGGCACGUAAUAUCAAGCCUGAAGAACUUGUUGCCUCUGAACAUGAAAGGAGAAAACUAGAGAGAAGUCUUUUCGGGAAUCAAGAUGAAAUCAAGGAGGAGCUUGAGAGCAUGAAGAAGAUCCACAACACUCAGCAACAGAAGCUGGAGGAAAGAGUGGUAGCGAUGGGUAAGGAGCUACAGGAAGCAAAAAGGGCGAUCCGCAACACCCAGCACAAGAUGGCCGAACAGUCAGCGGUCCUCCUGACAUCCCAGAGCCAGAUGAGGGAAACUGAGGCAGAAAACUCACGUCUCCAACUGCAGCUAAAAGAACUGAAUGAGGAAUAUCGAUCCCGUCUCAACCGCUACAUCCAGGACCUGGCUGAAUACGUGGAUGGGAAUCUGAGAAACGGUACAUCCGGUAGACCUCAGCUGGAGCCCGCUCGGUUGAAGCAGUAUGUGGACAGCAUGAUGAGUGACAUGAAAUCCUCACACAGAUCUAGAGAGGAGCAGCUCGCCAGCGCCGCCCGGCAGUACAAAAAGAGGAUGCAGAAUCUGGUCAAAAAACACGAGAGUCUCCUCAUUGCCUAUCGCAUGCAGAGGGAGCAGAUCAUGGCUAUGGGAAGCAGUGACCUGGACCCGGGACCUCCUGAACACCAUUUCUCUAUCACUGACCCGGAGCUGCAAAGUCAGUCCUCAUUGGAAUUAAGUAGACUGCGAGAGGACAAGGCGCGGCUGGAGAACAUGAUCCAGGAUUUAAAGGAGAAGAGACGCAUCAAUGAAAAUACAACAUCCAAUCAAAAGAUACAAGGACAGAUGAGUGAGGAGAACUGGGCAGAGAUCAGGAAACAGCUGAGAGAAUUCACACACAAUACACAGGAGGAUCUGGAGAGGGAGAGGAGUCAGCUGCUAUCGCGGGCCUUGGUGGCAGAAGAGCAGGUGACGGAGCUGCAAGAAUAUGUGGAUAAACACUUAGGAAGAUACAAACAGGAGAUAAUGCGAUUACGUAAGCUUCUCGGCAGGGAAGGCUCGCGAGCAUUCAGCGCUGACGGCCCUCACUCCUUUCACUCCAGAGGGGCGAGGAGAAGCACCCACGACAUGUGACCGGCCUGCUUAAAUGACUCCCUUCAGUACUGAACACCGGACAACAUAACUGUGACCUGAAAACACAGCCAUGUGCUGACCUGGUCGACGCUCCGCCAUUUAUAUUACAACCAGGAGAUGGGAAGACGACCUUCUUCAUCCAUGUUGCUGCAGGCAAAUAUAGCAAACGCCAUAAGAAAAAAAUCAACAGGCUUCAGAUCUCAGAAGAAUUUAUUGAUAGUAUAAAAAUAUCAUUAUUUAAGGCGGAUAUAUUAGAGAUAAUAUAUAACACAAUAAAAUGGAUAAAACAA